AUGAAGUAUUCUAUGGUAUUGUUAUUGGUAAUGGUUAUUGACUUAACGAAUGCUGGUAACAGUAAUGACGAUACAGAUACAGAUAGCUCGAAAUCCUUCAGAAGAACAUCCUUACAAAAGAACCAAUAUUAUGCCUACGUUAAUCCUAAAUUUACAGACAUUACUAACAGAAUGAAUCAAAGGAGUGCCUCGAUUCGAGCAUUUCGCAACCAGAACAAAAUGACGGCAUUUUCUUCAAAUCUAAACCCUUUGAGAAGUCAGUAUACCAAACCAAUCAUAUCUUAUAACAAUUUGAUACGACCAGCUGUCAUUAACACGAUCCAAAUCAAUCAGAAACAUGCUGCUAUCUUAAAUCGACCAACUACUACAAAAAUUAACAAGAUCCAAGACGUUAGUAAUGUGAACACUGUUGGUAUUAAAACCAAGACUAUUCCCAAUCGAAUCGUGUAUACCAAUCCAAUAACAGGAGGCAAAACAAUAUUUGUUCGAAACGUUGACGAAAAUACUUAUAGUCAACACGAGAAGGCCACGAACACAAUUGUCCAGCUUACCACACCAUUACCUAAUAAUAUUGUACCAUUACCAAACGUCUAUAAUAUUCAAACUAAAAUACCAUCCAAUCAAAUACCAUACUACCAAAUAAAUACCACUCCAGUACCAACUGCUGCAUCCAUAUUAGAUAAUUACAUUCAACCAGCCACAAGUCAAAUUCACGGGGAUCAAAGUUUUGCGAGAAUGAAUACACACCAAUCACCAAUUGUUAGAACUAAUACUAUUCCAGCCUCAAAUUUAGCAAAUUAUGACCUACCAGUAACUACUUUAAAUACUCAAAAACCAGUUGAACGGACCAUGAUGAAUAGUCAAAUGCAACCACUCAGCACCGUCAACAAUCGUCAAAUGGCAACUGAAUAUUCUUUAAAUUACCCACUACCAGCUUCCAAUACCAUAAGGGGCAGUCAAAUAACCAAUAGCUUAGCAACAUCGAACACUUAUCCGACAAGAAAUCAACAAACGAACCAAAAAUAUUCUGGUUUCCAGUCUCCUUCAAACCGGGUUUACACCAACUCUGUCAAUCCACCACAACCAACUCCCACAAACCAACCUCCAACAACCGAUACUGGUAAUGCUCUCAACUUUGUUAGAGCGUUUUUUCAACAAUUAAUGCAACAACAACAACAGCCACCUAAGAACCAAUACAAAAUAGCUACAUCCCCUACUAGCAAAUAUAAUAUGUAA